AUGAAAAAAAUGAGAAGGUCACUUUCAACAAUUUUGCAAUUAACAAUUGAUAAUUUUGAUGCAAUCAGUCCCAGAUAUUGUAAUCAGACUUAUAUUGAAUCCAACGAUCCAACUAUGAUCGAAUCAGAAUUAAGAAGUUACAUUGGAAUACAUUGGCGUAUGGAAUCUAUUAAGGUCGAAAACUUGUCAACAUGUGCAAACGAUUUAAUCAGACUAAUAACAAAAUUUAAAAAUAAAUAUGACACUAAGGGUGUUUAUUUGGCUACAUGCUACCCUUUGUAUCCAAGAUAUGAAUCUCGGCCAACAACCUUUAGAGACUUGAUAAAUUUUCAUCGUGAUGCAGUGAAAAAACUGCUAGAUUCAGGACACAAGAUAGAUGAUUAUUUAUCAAUGAAUAUACUUAAAGAUAUGAGAAACGAUCCAAGAUGCAAAGAUGAAUUUGAAGGUCCUGGUAUUAUUAGAAUCAUAGAUAAAUUGACGUGUAUGAAUUUAACUGUUUUGAUAUAUAGUUCAGCACGUUGUGCCAGAAACUCCAGUUUCACCGCAAGAAUUAUCGAUGAAAGAAUAAACGCCCAUAAUAAUGAAUUUUUGGUUUUAACUGUAAUGACAAAGCUGAUUGUAGUGGCAAUUAUUGACGAUUUACAGCAAGAAUAUACUAGAUCAUCAAAAUUAUGUGUUUGGUUUCCAAGAACAUGGUGUUUAAAAAACUUCAUCAAACCAAAUCAGAUAAUAUCAAUAUCUUUGAUCUCUCCAAAAAAUGUUAACAACAAUAAUUCAAUAAAUAAAAAAUGUUAUCAUUAUGCAUCAGUCAAAUUUUAUUCAAAACGUUCAGAAUUAUUUAAAUCAAAUAAUUUAUUUCCUAAUCAAUUAAAAUUCCAUCUGCCCACGACAACGAUCACUUCUACUUCUACUAUCGAUAAUUUAUCACAAUUGAUGAAUAAUUUGAAUAUAAGUUCUUCUUCUUCUGCUUCAUUGGAUGUAAAUUCUAAAAUAAUGGAAAAAGAGGGUGAAACUGAAAUUGUUAUUUCAAGAUCUUUAGCUUGUAAUUUAGGUGUUUGUUCAGUUCAAGAUAAAAUUGAUAAUAUAAAAUUUCCAAUUAGUUUUAUCUUUGAAAAAAAGAUAGACAAUAUUCCAAUUGCAACAGAAGUGAUUUUAUCUAAACUAUCAUCACCACCAUCAACGCUGCCGUUAGGAACUCGAUUUAAACAGAUAAACUAUUAUUUUAAUCAAGAGAUUUUCAAGAGAGCAAAUCUUGGGUCAAUUGUAUCACGUGAUUCGAUUAUUUAUCAAAAUGGAUGUAAUGGAAUACAACUUUAUAAAGUAUCAAGAGUGAAUUCUUCUUUUAUUUUGACUGAUCCAGCUGAUUCUGUUGCGAGAAUUGCAGAAUCAACCAAAUUAGAAAUUAAUGUAAAUAAUAAUAAUAAUGUCGACGUUGAUGAUUUUAGAUUAUUGUUGAAUGGCUUCCCGGAUAAAUCAAAAUGGGUCAAAGAUAUUGUUAAUGAAAUUGGCAGCUUAGAUGAUGUGGUUACAAGCAUUAUCGAUCAAUUAUAUACAUUUGUGAUUACUGCAAUCAGUGCUAACAAUCAGGGUUCAAAAAAAAAAGUUUUCAAGAGGAGUAAAGGAAUUUUGUUAAUAGGAAAACCUGGCACAGGAAAAACAUCCUUAGCCUUACGUAUUGCGGAAACUUCUAGAUUGCCAUAUCUGAUAAUUAAUUGUCCUGAAAUAUUUAAAUCUGACGAAGGCAUAGUAGAAAAUAGGUUAUGUACAAUGUUUGAAUCAAUGAUGACGAUAAAUCCAGUUUCUAUUAUUAUAAUGGAUGAAAUAGAUAUAAUAUCUGAUAACUCUGCUAUUGUCAAUUCAGGUGUUGAAAUGAAAUUAUUUUCAGCUCUUAUAAAAAUUAUUGAUUCAAUUAAUGAAGAUAAUUAUUGUGAUGGACUUGAAAAAAAAGGACAGAUAUUUGUGAUAGGCACAACAAAUAGAUUUCAUGCCGUUAGUAAUAAAAUUUACCGUUCUGGUCGAUUAGAUCGUAUUUAUGAGUUAAAUAUAAAAACAUCUCAUCAAAGAUAUAAAAUAUUGGAAAUAAUUACAAAAAAAAUUCCAUUUGAAAAAGGAAAAAAAAAUUUAAUUUUAGAAAAAAUUAGUAAAACUACCCAUGGGUUUGUUGCAACAGAUUUACAAUAUUUGUGUAAACAAAUUCUUUCAGGUGCAAAAUUUUCAGUCGAUUUGAAUGAUUUUUAUGAAUCCUUAAAUAUAGUCAAACCUUCAAAUUUGAAUGAAUUCCAGACAAAGUUAUCAAUUAUAGAACCAUUUAAUGAUCCUAAUAAUGAAUUCUUUGAUUUUGGUAUUUCAGCACCAAAUGGGGUUUUAAUUUAUGGUCCACCUGGAGUAGGCAAAACUAUGUUAUGUUGCGCGAUAGCAUCUGAAAUUGAAAUAAAUUUUAUAUUAAUAGAGAGUUCACAAAUAAUAUCUAAAUUAGUUGGCGAAUCUGAAAAAAAUAUUUCAAAAAUAUUUUCAUAUGCAAAAUCCAAUUCACCUUGCAUUCUAUUUAUUGAUCAAUUUGAUAUAUUGGCACAAUCCCGUGGAAUAAAUUUUACCACUGAAAAUACAUCCGAAAGGAUUGUGACAAGUUUUUUAACAGAAAUGGAUGGAUUUUUCACUAAUAAAGCUGAAGACAAGUACAAAGUAUUAGUAAUUGCAGCUACAAAUCGACCUGAAGUUUUAGAUUUGGCUAUUUUAAGACCUGGGAGAUUAGAUCAACAUAUUUAUAUUCCGCCUCCCAAUAACAAGGUUCUAUUUAAUUAUAACUGUGUGAAAUUUUAA